AUGUUCCGCCGCCUCCUCCCCAGCAACCUCUUCGCCGCCCCCCGCAGCGCCGUCACAACCCUCACCCGCGCGCUGCACCCCUCCCUCCCCGCGCCCCCCGUCCCGGAACGCACCACCGCGGUCCCCGACGUCGCCACCUUCCUGACAAAGAUCGGGCGCAACACGACGCAGCACGCCGCCAAGUUCGAGACCUGGGAGCAGUUCUUCGGACUCACGUCCCCGCAGAUGAAGGUGCUCGGGAUCGAGCCGGCGAGGGACCGCCGGUACAUUUUGCAUUGGAGGGAGGCGUUUAGGGUUGCCGGAGGAAGGCUGGCGCUGAGGGAGCAUAAGAGGGGGGUGAAGGUUGAUGGUGGUGAGAGGAGGCAGAAGGAGGUGAGGGCGAAGAGACGGGCCGCGGAGAAUAAGGAUAGGAGGCAGGCGGCGGAGAAUGAGAAGGUGGAGAAGGGGAAGGGCUUUGUGUAG